AAUAAGUUUUGUCAUUUCUCACAUGGAUUGCUUUCACUCACUAGACCAUAACAUUAUGUACUAAUAAGAGAUAAAAGAUUGAGCUGCAUCAAUAGCAGGUAAAUUACGACAGAAUUUUUUUAACGUGAUACAGUGCAGUUUUACAGCACGCUGAAGUUAAACCACAACGAUAACAAAACUGAGCGUUGUUUUUCAUUUUGCAGGUGUACCUAAUGUUGUGGCCGGCCUGUCUGUUAUGACACGCUUCUUCUCUUUGUGAUACAGACGUGGACUUUUACCUUUUCUCUAGACUUUAAUGUUAUGAAAUUGGCAAUGUCCUUUUGCCCGGAUUGAUGUGUGGAGAAAGAAAUUUGACGAUGAUGUUGUGAUUACUUCCCGAUCUGCGUGCUUAGUCAUUGAGUUUGCGUUGAUUGACAGGUUGUGUCGUCUCGUUCGUCUUUAUCAGUUCAGCUUUGCGCACGCGCCACAAUUGCGAUAGAUGAUGAGGAUGAUGAUGAGGAGGAGGAGGAGGAGGAUGGCGAUGAGAGUGUGACCUCAGCGCCUCCAGCACAGCCGAGGGAGGCACACAAACACGCUGGAGACGACUCGGGGGAGGAAAGUGCACGACGACGCACGCGGGGCGUCCCUCGACCGCUUCCCGUCUGCUCGCCUCCCAGAAUGUUCUGUUCCCGCGGUCCGUUCCUCCGCCACGAGAACCAGCAGGAGCAGCAGCCGCCGCCGCCGCCGCGUCUCCACGCAGCCUGAAGCCCAAAUGAUCACCCUCUCCGCCGACAUGGACGAGUCUUCGUCGUUGCUGGAUCUCUUGGAGUGCUCGGUGUGCCUGGAGCGCCUGGACACCACGGCCAAGGUGCUGCCGUGUCAGCACACCUUCUGCCGACGCUGCCUGGAGAACAUCGUCAGCUCCCGAAACGAGCUCCGCUGCCCGGAGUGUCGCAUCCUGGUGGACUGCGGAGUGGACGACCUCCCGGCCAACAUCCUGCUCGUUCGCCUUCUGGACGGCAUUAAGCAGCGGCCUCAGCGAGCGGGCAGCAGGCAGCCCGUGGCCGGGGGCUCGCUGCAGGGCUGCGCAGCCGCGAUAUCGGCGUCUCCCGCGGGCAGCGCCGUCAGAGAAAUGCCCGUCGCUACCCGGAGCUCUCCUGUAAAGAAUAUCCCAGCGCUGCCUUGUGGGAAAGCUCUCUACUCUUACGAGGGCAAGGAGCCAGGUGAUCUACAGUUCUCCAAGGGUGACAUCAUCAUCCUGCGACGCAAGGUUGAUGACAACUGGUACCACGGGGAGUUGAACGGUUGCCACGGGUUCUUGCCGGCGAGUUACAUCCAGUUGUUGCGCCCCCUGAGCCAGACUCCGCCCCAGGGCAAAGCACUGUACGACUUUGAGGUCAAAAACAAAGACCAAGAUAAAGACUGCCUGGCAUUCAGCAAGGAUGAAGUCCUGACAGUAAUCAGGAGGGUGGAUGAAAACUGGGCAGAAGGCAUGCUGGGAGACAAGAUUGGUAUCUUCCCCAUUCUCUACGUGGAGUUAAACGAAACGGCAAAGCAGCUGAUGGAAAUCGACAAGCCGACAACGACGACCAGCGUGCCGGGUCCGAGCUCGGAGCCGGCCCCGUUGGCUCCGUGCUCUCUCGGCCCCUCCCCCAGCACCUCGCCUUCCAAUGGAAACGGCUCGGGACAUCGGAGAGGCGAAGGGAAGAAAAACGCUAAAAAGAGGCACUCAUUCUCUGCUCUGUCCGUCACCCAGCGAGCGGCCCAGCUCAACAACAGACACAGUAUGGAGAUCUCCCACCCAGUCCUCAUCAGCUCCUCUGACCCCAGGGCCGCAGCACGCAUUCAGGAUGCAUCGUCUCCAGGUCCCUCUCCCUCCUCGGCAGGCGUACUGGUGCCCCCAAAAGUGGCAUCUAUAACCUCAGAGCUCUUGGCCCACGCAAAGGUGCAGCUGCCUCUCAACAUCUACCUUGCGCUUUACGCCUACAAGCCCCAGAAGGCUGACGAACUCGAACUUAGGAAAGGUGAGAUGUACCGGGUGACAGAGAAGUGUCAAGACGGAUGGUUCAAAGGCACCUCACUGAGAACGGCAGCUUCUGGCGUCUUCCCGGGAAACUACGUCACCCCCGUGUCCAGGGCUACGUUUGGAGUUGGUGCUACGAGGGGCUCAUGUUUGUCCAGUCCAGGAAAUGGUGGCAGUUGUGGUGGUGGUUGCGGUCAGGUCGGCAGUAAAAUCUCAGACCCCUCCUCUCCAGGGUCCCCGGGGCCCUCUUCGUCCCGUCCCUCCACGCCGUUGGUCAACUGCGUCAGUCCCGCCUCGUCGCCUCAGACUGCUGCCGCCCAGCUGAAGAACUGCCUGCGCUCCAGUCAGCAUUCAGUCAACCAGACACGCACCUCAAUGCAGCUGGUCCAUAGUUCUCCUGGUGGAAGCCCAGAGCGCCCCACGGUGGCGAUAUCUUCCCUGCGCUCUCAGAGCUCCUCACCUUCACGUUGCUCCGGCCAAUCCGGUCGCCCGCUCUCCAUGACGUCUCCCGGACCCAGUUUGGGGCCCCCGCCUCUGUCGUCCCCCGCCUCGCGGCCCCACCUCCCCCUGUCGUCUCCUUUGUCUUGCCUCACGCCUCCCAACGUGGCAGCGGUGCUAUUUAACGGGGAACCGGCCAUCCCCCUGCAGCCGCCAUCACCGGGUCCCUCUCACGCACCUGCGCAGUGCGCCCCCAAACCAGAGAAGAAGGAGAGGAAAGCAGGAGGUUUGUUGAAGCUCCUGUCAGGGGCAGCGGCCAAGAAGAAACCACGCUCACCGCCCACCUCCCCGCCCACCCACGAUCGCGCCUUGGCUGGCCAAGGCACGGUGGCCACCAAUCUGGCCCACCACCACCAUGCCCGCUCCGGAUCGUGUCCUAUGGUCUCUCAGGGGCGGGCCGGCUCGUGUCCCGUCGAGAUCGACAUGGCGGGGGCCGUGGGCCUGGAACCUCUGCACAGGAAAUCGGGAUCCUUGGAUACAAACUUUCCAAUGUCGCCCCCGCCAACGCGAGCCAGCAGCGUUCUCAUGGUGCUCCGGCCCGAACCCAAACCCCUGUCCAGGGAAAGGUACCGAGUGGUGGUGCCCUACCCGCCCCAGAGCGAGGCAGAGAUCGAGCUUCGCCAGGGAGACGUGGUGUUCGUCCACAAGAAGCGAGACGACGGCUGGUACAAAGGCACCCUGCAGAGGACGGGACGGACCGGCCUGUUUCCUGGCAGCUUCGUGGAGAGCUUUUAAAAAGAUGGGCAAAAUCACUUGGCUUGAUAUUGGGGUUUCCAAUCUGCCUUAAGGAGCUGUUCACCUUGGAAAAAAAAAAAAACAAAGAUUUUGAAAUUUGAGUGUCAGCGACAAGCUUCCUCCUGUGGACUUUUUACAAAUCAAAGGAAAAGACGGUAGCACAAGACGUCUUCAGAAAUCUGUCUCAAUCCAGCACACUUUCACCAGGAUUACCGCACUUUUCCGUCCUCGUCCCGGGAGCGCCACAUCAAAGGGGCUCCUCUCUGCGACUACUGAAGGCACACACACGCACACACUCAAAGAGCACACAUACAAAAGCUUCCCAGGUGUCGUCCACCAGCACAAAAAGUAUCGGCUCGGCUUCAAACUGCGACCUCAGAACUCCUCUCUGGUGCGUUCUUUCUUUGCAAAGAACCAUACCAGGAUCAUUGUGUUUGUGGCAAUAAGCACACAUUUCUUUUUUAAACUCAAUAUGUGUUGAUGAAAAAUGUGUGUAGCAUUGUUUUCCUUUCUCUAUUUGUUUUGUUUUUGUUGUUUUGUUUUUAUAAAUGUUCAGAUUGAUAUUUGUGUUGUCCUAAACUGUGAUCUGUCACUGGAUUUGUUCGUAUUUUAAAAAACAAAGGUGCAACAAGUAAUUUGAUCAUUGAUUUUUAUAUUUAUUGAUCUGAAAUGGUUUUAUUCUUCUAUUUAAUGUUUCCCCCAUGCACAUGGUGGCUUUAAGUGAGGAAGAAAAUGGCUUGCUGAAUGUAAAAAAAAAAAAAAAAAGUAUACAAACUUUUGGGAUGAUUAAUUUGUAUUGUUAAAGUUGUUUUUUUGUGUUUGUGUAAUGGAAGCAGAGAUGAGAUUGCACUUGGUGAUAUUUCAUACAGCCUAACAUUAUAUCUGCACUCGAUGUGAUUUGACCAUUGUCAACCGAUACGUAAAAACUAUUUUGCUUCAAACAAGCUUUUUUUUUGUUUAGCUAAAUGAAAAAAACUCCUCAAAUUCUACAGUUUAGAGGACAUAGCAGCAGUGUGAAGAAAAUUAUUGUCGUAUAGAUGAGGUGGAGACGCAAAAGAGUCCGACGGUGUGAACGGAAGCUUUUCAUUCUACAACUGCCAAAACUUUGAAAGCAACUCUGAUCUUGUUGAUAUUUUUGUACAAGGCUUCAGUAAGUGUACAGUCUGCUUUAUGAAUUUCUAUGUCCUGAGAGUCAGUCCAAGCCAGUUUACAUCUGUCACACUAUCUACCUUUUCCCCCUCUUUUUGGAGAGCCAGGCCAAACUCGAGGGUUUGACUCAGAAUGUGUGGACGCGUGUAUGUGCUUGUGUGUGUGUGUGUGUGUUUGGCUUGAGGUUCUGUUCACGGUGACAAGGGAAGGGCUUAAAAGGAACAUGGAAUGUGCAUGAAUAUCCUGAAUGUGUGUGUAAAGUGUGAGUGAGGCAGAUUUUUAAUUGUUGGCCGUAGGUAAAGCUCAUUGAUUGGGUCAGCAUGCAUUUAUUUUAUUUAUUUUUUUAUUUACUAAGCCCUACAGUCCUACGUGAAGCUGUUGUGAUGGAUAUAAGAAGGUAAAAAUCACCCUUGAAAAUAAAUGAUUUUUUUUUUGGAUAAUUUAGAAGAUUUAAAGAAAUAUUUGUUAUAUUGGACAGGUAAAAACUACAUGUAAAUUGAAACUGAAAAUAGUUGAAAUUUGAACUUAAAACGUGUGUAAAGACUAAGGGAUUCAUAAUUCUUACGAUCAAAAUGUAAAUUGUAUGCGCCAUCAAAGUUUAUUUAAAAACGGUAUUGGAUGAGAUCAUGGAAGAGGAGGAGUUGGUGUGCACACAUCGCCACCUACUGGCCUGGCAUGUCUACUGCAACAUUUUGAAGGUCCCUGUAAACAGAUAUGGAGUCAUCUGUUCAAAAAAGAAUUGCAUUGUUUUUUGCCCUGAAGCCAAACUUUUGGGUAGUUAAUUACAGUUACUUCAAAUGUUUCCAGAUGUACUUUCUACUAUUUAACUUGGACUUGAUUGGAUAAUAAUGAGCGCUACAUAUGAGCAGUUUUAUUUUACUGGGCGGUGUCAAAUUUUUUUUACUGUUUGAUCUAUAUGGAAAAGACGAGAACAAAUAACAGUGGUGCCUUGAUUUGCGUGCUUAAUUCGUUCUGUCACCCCGCCUGUAACUCAAAACACUCAAAUCAAUCUUCCUCAUUGAAAUGAAUGGGAAUUCCAUUCAUCCGUUCCAGCCCCACAGUGUGUGCGCUUUGGCCACCAGGGGGCAGCAUAAUACAAUCAUUGACACACGAAGAGUUUCACAACUGACUCAGUAAGCAUCUGUCAACAUAUGUUGCUUCACAGUUUGAGUUCAAAUAUCCCUUUGCUUUAAGGGUUAUGACACUACAACUAUCAAUCUUACUAUGGCUUUUUGCAUUUUGUGUUAGCAUUAAGCUAGCAGAGAUUCAUAAUAAGUUGUUUUUCUAAUACACAUUUAAUUCUCUUGUUCUAUGUUUAGUUUAACAGUAAACCAGAUAGUAGUGGCAUGAAACAGCUCGAAGCCUCUUUUGUAAAGCAUUGCUAACUGCUAUGUGCCAAACUGCUGCAUGUUGUGAUGUGAGUUAAGUCCGUUAAGUUGGCAUCUAGCGCUCGUAUCUUGAAUUUUUGUUCACAAAUCGAAGCAAAAUUGUCAGAGAUCAAAAUGUCGGGUCAAGGCAUAAGUCAAGGCACCACAAAUGUACUAGUUUGAAAAAUGGUGACAAGUACGGCUGUGUUGUUUCACUUCAGCCCUGAAGGUGCAGUAUCAGCUGGAUUUGGCCGGUUACUGCAUUGCUUGCUUGACCCCCAAUGCAAGUUGACGAUAACAGCAAUCAAAAGAAACACUUUAUUUGGAUCGGCAAUCUUAUCUUUCUGCCAUGCUUGGCGGCGGUAAUCAUAAAAGUAGUUCCUAGGCGUUUAUUCAUGAGUCCUAUUGCAUCAAGACCUCGAUAAAUUUGAAGACAUUAACAAGAGCAAACUCCCAGGUGUCUUCUUUUGGAGAACUUUUCAGCACAUUUCUUGGAAUGAAAACUGGAAAACGGGAAUAUUUCGACACUCAUAGCACAAACCGAUUCCUCGAUUCCCUGAAAACAGUGAAACAAAAAAGUGCACAAACGCGUCGAGUUGAAGAAGCUCUCGCUCGCAGUGACGAGAGAGACAGGGAGGCGCGGUGCAUUGUGGGUAAUCCCGUGCAUCUGGAGCAACUCUGCAAAGUAGAUUAAGGUCAAAGUUGAAGUGGAGCAAAACUGGACUCGCAAGUUACACAAGUUAUUAGUAGUCCACGUGGAAGAAAAGCACAGCACAAACAACAAACUGAACUUUGCAUGUCAAAAUCACUCCGAUACGGUGAAAAUGUUUUUUUAUGGGGUACGAAUGUGUGUGAGUGAGUUUUGAGUGUGUGUUUCGGGGGAGGCCUCUGUAUGUAGCUCUACACAUGGAAAGAAAGAAAAAAGCGGCGUGGACGCUCAUCAGGACUGAGUCAGGUCUCUUUUGUGUACAGCAAGCAGUCAAAUGAAAAGAAAAAAGUCUAUCUAAUUCUAUAUUGUGCAGAAUAUUUACAGGCCUUUGGUGCCAUUGAAGUCAUGCUCCGCGCUGGCCGAACUCGACCAUGUGAUCAUGAUCCAUCGUCUUGUACUGAUGAGCCGUGGUUGACUUGAUUGUUUUUUUCCAUGUCAAGUGCAUUUUUCGCAAUAAAUGCCUUUGAUUUUAAAAAGAUA